GCUUGCAUCUGGGCGGGCUCUUUAACGUACCAAUCACAGAUCAGCUCUUCUCUAUAAAUUCAGGCAUCUGACCUAGUCUCUCCAGCCCAAUUACUUUUGAUUUGCUGAAAACGUUUGUCAGCAUGUCGGAAACUGCGCCUGUUGCAGCUCCUGCUGUCUCGGCUCCUGGGGCAAAAACCUCAACAAAAAAACCGAAGAAGGCAGCAGCGAGUUCUAAAGCCCGCAAGCCUCCAGGUCCCAGCGUGACCGAGCUGAUCACCAAGGCGGUGGCCGCUUCCAAGGAGCGCAAGGGGCUCUCCUUAGCCGCGCUUAAGAAGGUUCUGGCCGCCGGAGGGUACGAUGUGGAGAAGAACAACAGCCGUAUCAAGGUAGGAUUAAAGAGCCUGGUGAGCAAAGGCAUUUUGGUGCAGACCAAAGGUACCGGCGCUUCUGGUUCUUUCAAACUCAACAAGAAGCCUGGUGAGAUCAAGGAAAAGGCUCCCAAGAAGAAGCCAGCGGCAAAGCCUAAGAAACCAGCUGCCAAGAAGCCCGCCAGCGCCGCCAAGAAACCCAAAAAGGCUGCGGCCGUGAAAAAGAGCCCGAAAAAAGUCAAGAAGCCAGCGGCUUCCGCAGUCAAGAAAGCGGCCAAGAGCCCGAAAAAAGUGAAAGCCGCCAAGCCCAAGAAGGCAGCUAAGAGCCCGGCUAAAGCGGUGAAACCAAAAGCUGCCAAGCCCAAGCCAACAAAGGCCAAAACCGCGAAGGCGAAGAAGGCAGCGCCCAAAAAGUAAAGUGUAAAUUUGAAAAGGAAAUUUCUGACCCAACGGCUCUUUUAAGAGCCACCUCCAGUUUCAGAAAAAGAGCAAAAUCGCUGUACUCAAUGCUAGACACUUUCAAACCACCUACGCAAUUUUCGAGUAUCCUGAGUAUUCGCUUUGUUACAUAGGUCGGGUACAGUGAGUGUGUUACAAAGGGGAAUAAAUGCUCGCGCUUUCUGGUGUACCCUUAAGAUGGCAUCCUGGGCAGUUUAAUAUAAAAAAAAUAUUAUAGAGAGUGAAGACGAUUGUAGCGCCUGGCAGCUAUCGAUAAAACCCCGUUACGGUGGCGCUGUUCUGGGUACCUAUGAAUCAGCUGAUUAGGGGCGGAGUGCUUAGCUCCCAGUAGAUUUCUAGCCUAGUGCUUCGUUCUAGCCAUUUCGACCAAUACUGACAACAUAAGAAACGGAGAAGUAGGAACUUUCUCCGUCCUGUUUGGCUAGCUCCUCUCUGAUUGGCUAAUAGUUCAUAUAUGGCUUAAUCUUAUUGAACACUUCCAAAUUUUUGAAAACCCCGCGCGCUCUGAGUAGAGCGCCCUUCCCCUUCUCUGAUUUGAUUGAUCACAAAAACUGUCGUCACCAAUUGCUCGCUCCCUGAAGGAUCCUGAUUUUCCUAUUUCCAACCCCAUCCCCCUAAAGCACCCAUCUUUCAAAUACUUCCCCCCAACUAUUAGAGAUAAGGUGAGUGAGAUAUCUUUAAGCUUGUCUCUCUCACCAAUAGAACUUGGCACAACAUAAGAUAUCUCACCCACCUUGUCGCUAAUAUCCUGGGACAGACACGGCUACGAGACUGCAUUUCUCAGCCCAACUACAUAGUUAUUGCCCAUUCCUUAAAUAUAUUUUUCUCUUCUCGUGUGUGUAUGUUUAUCACCAGGUAUAUAAAUAUUGUACUUGUCUCACUGUUUCAUUUUCAGACUGGCCUAUUUAUGACUCCUGAACACUAGUCCCAGAGAACAGGCAUGGAGAUAGACCAGAGUGUGGGUGGGUGCGUGGUUUUUUUUUUUAAUGUGUUCAUAUUUCCAUUCUUGUAUUAAUUCGACAUGAUUUAAAGGUGAGGGUGAGCUAAAAACUCCUUUCCCCUGAAAUUGAUUGGGUAUGUAAUCCGGAACCCACCAAUUCUUCUCUUUACAUUUAACGUGUAGAUUAAGGACAAAUGAAGAAUGUACCUGGAUUAAUUUACAAUACUUCCAUAAAUUGUUUCCUCGUAUUUUUCUUAGUUCACAACACAAAUGCAUCCUAGAACAAAGACGUUUCUUAGGUUUACUGUAUUGGAUUAAAGAAUUUCUUUGUUACUGAUGCAAACCUUGUUAGUUAAAAAAGGUAUUUCAAAUGCCACAGUUCAACAAAAGUUUUGAGUUAACUUUCGUCUACGGACAGUCUUGUCACGCAAACUUUGUGUUAAUCAACACAAAACCGUCAGAAAAGUAGUAAGGAGCAUUUAUAUGGCUACUGAAUGCACACCCUCAACUGGAAAACAAGAGAAAGCAAUAACAAAUUAUUUUUUUUUACUUUCAUCCUUUGAGUAUUCGUAUACAGUAAAUUUCAAUUUUAUUUCUUGUAU